UACAGACGUCACCGUCAACUAGCAGUUGGAUUGGCUAUCGAUGCCUGUUAAUUACUCCUAAGUGAACAACGUUUAGUUGUGCUGUGUUUUUGCUCUGACGCUUGUUUUGACAUGAGGAAAGGUUGAGUGUUCUUAUGCGGGACAUAAAUCUGUGAAACCGAUGCAUUUUGAGGAUGAAUAGCAAAUCAAGUGCUCAGAAGCUUCGCAAUGUGGAUAUCAACCCCUGCAUUGAGGAAAGUGACGGAUCCCAAAAAUGUCUGGAUGCGUAUAACUACGAUAAGAACAUGUGUUCUGCAUACUUCCUAAAGUAUAAGAACUGCAGGAAGUACUGGCAUGCCAUGAUGCUUCAGCGAAGACGAGAGGGAGUAAAGCCAGAUAUGCCGACCGCUGAGGAGCGUGAGCGGAUCAUUGCGGCCCUCGGAGGAAAACCCUACUGACGGCACGGCAGAAGUCAACGCUCAAGUGCUCGCUCGACCUCACUGUCAGAGGAGGAACGUGAUGAACUUUAAUAUGAUGUGCUGUGGUUUCAGUGCCGUGUGGGGAGAGAACGACUUAUACCUCUUACUCACGCUACAAUGACAGGCUAAUAAAGCCUGAUUUAAACAACAUUCAGGAGUGCGCUUUUGAAGAGUGAGAAGUUUGAUGUGUGUUUAGUUUCUUACUUUUUAAUAUCUGUAAAUAUUGUAAUUGCCUGUUUAAAAAAUGAACAAUAUUAAAAUAUUGAUUAAAACAUGAAAGCUCAAAGGUGUUUUGCAGGUAAUAAAGUCCAGUGGUCAACUCAA